GAGACAAUGGCACAGCCCUUUCGCUUCAUGCUUGAUCAAACAGAAACAAAAUCCUACGGCGAUUUCAUCCCCCGAAACCUUAGGCCGCUGAUCGAUCGUGCCAUUCCACACGCUCGAGCUCAAAUCUCGGGAUCACCAGUCGUAGCCAUCGGCCUUGCAUCAUCAGGUCAGACCUUCUUUGGCGUCAAUGUGGAAUUACCAGGUGUGCCUCUUAACUACUCCAUCCACGCCGAACAGUUCCUUGUCGCCAACCUCGCCCUCCACUCCGAGCUACAACUCAAAGGCUUAGCCAUCUCCACUAACGGCUACUACUUCCAGGCACCAUGCGACCACUGCUGCCAAUUUCUUAAGGAAGUCAGAGAUAUGUCUGAUACCAUAGUCGUGAUCACGGACCCAACCGGCCAGAGCGGAACAUUCAAGCCUUUUUCGACCUUGCUUUCGCAAGAAUCAAUCUCCCGGGAAAACGUCCUUCGCUUUCUCGAGCUGAGCUAUAACAGCAUCGGCUUUAUAGAUAGCAGUCUCUACAUGGAUAUUUGCAUUAAUUCCGGUUGUAACCAUCUAAAUUGCAGGGCUCUAAGGGCUGCGACCAUGUCGUACGCGCCGUAUAGCACUUGUCCGUCGGGAGUGGCGCUGAUAGAUCGCCGAGGGAAAGUGUACAGUGGAGUGUACAUGGAAAGUGUGGCGCAUAACUCUAGUUUGGGGCCAGUACAAGCCGCACUGGUUGACUUCGUGGUUAAUGGCGACGGCCAAGAGUUCAAGGAGAUCGUCGAAGCGGUGCUGGUGGAGAGGAAAUGUGGGGGAUUGAGUCAAGAGGGCAUUGCGAGGAUGAUUUUAGAGAAGAUAGCCGACCCCGACUGCAUUUUCAGGGUCUUACAUUGCAAAAAUAAUUAAGUCCUCACACUAAUGUGAGAAACGAGACGAGAACUCAACAAAAGAAAUAUGAUUCAUAAUA